AUGAACGCUCGGCGUGCCCAUACUAAAUCAAAAAAUGGCUGUCUCCAAUGCAAGGCAGGGAAGGUGAAGUGCGAUGAGAAGAUUCCCUGCUCGAGGUGUGUCAGGCGAGGUGAUGAAUGUAGUCGUGCCCAGCCGAACAGCAGCGAGGCCUCAGUAACCUCAGCCUCGAGCACCCCCGACACCACCAGCAGCUCCCACACACGCCCAAGAGACGAGGACUCUUACACGCUCGUAGAUCUCCAGCUCUUUCACCGCUUUAGCACCGUCACAUGCCGCUACCUCGCCAACCCAAACAACGAAUCACCAUGGCUGGACAAGGUCCCCGCAUUAGGGACAAAACAUGCUUUCCUGAUGCACGAGAUGAUGGCCGUCGCCGCCAUCGACAUCGGCAUCAACGUUGCUGAUACCCAAGAUGCGGUCACGACCUAUCUCGAGCUCGCACGACAACACCACACGCAGGCUCUAGCCGGUCUCAUGCCUGCCAUCGCUGCCCACCGCGCAGACCUCGUCAUGCCUAUCUGGUCAUGCAAUGCCCUCUUCGUGCCGUACUACUUCGCCACCACCGCAGACGUCGGCUCGCUUAUCUUGACGGAGGACCCCCCGGGGCCGGCGGAGUGGAUGCUCCCUCUGCGCGGCGCAGUGACACUGUUUAGGCAGUACGAGGAGGUGCUCCUCUCCGGCCCCAUGGCGAUGCACAUCCGGCCCUACCAGACGAGGAUCAUGAUUGACGGCGUGACGCCUCCUUCCUCGAACCCCUCGGAGGAACACGUUAUGCGCAUGACCGCGCAGCUUACGUUGCAGCUGGACGAGGUCACGGACGAGGCGACGCGGACCACCAUGGCAGAGGUCCUCAGGCUACUGCGGCAGUGCUUCGAGAUUUCGGACCGGGGCGACCUCAUCAGCUACAAGACCGCCAGCCUCACCUUCUGCGCGGCGAUGCCGGGGGCGUUUUUUGAGAUGCUGGGACGAAAAGAGAGCAUGGCGCUGGUGGUCAUGGCGUUCUGGUGUGUCCUACUGCACCGCGCAGAAGGGGGAAACUGGUGGAUGAAGUUUAGGAAGGUCAAGAACAUGUUGUCUUUUAUUGCUGGCCUUUUGGGGCCCAAGGACGAGAUGUUGAUCAAGUGGCCGCUGGAGGUAGUCUGUCCGGCGGAAGAAUAA